AUGGGUAGAUUUGAUGACUUUGUGCCUACAAUCUCUGAUAGUGAAGAUGAUAUCCCAGACUAUGACAUUGAUGAAGAAUCUGCCUCUGAAAGUGAAUUAAAACCAGUAAAAUCUGAUAAAAAGAAUAAAAAGAAGAAGAAGAACUCUAAAAAUACAAAAGUUCAAGAAGAUGAUGAUGAAGCUAAAGAUGAAGAUUUAAAUCAUGAUUUUGUUUUCGAUUUAGAUGGGGAAGAAGUUGUUUCUACUUUUGAAGGUUGGGAUUUUAAAGGUGAUGAACAAAAGGAAAAUGGUAAGAAAGAUGUUGAUCUUGAUGGGAUUAUUAGAAGAAAAGGUGGUCUUGGUCAAUUAGCUGGUAGUAAACAAGAUGAUAGUGAGGAAGAAGAAGAAGAUGAAGAAGAAGAAGACGAACAGGAAGAAGAAGCGGAAGAGGAAGAACAACAAGAUGAUGAUGAUCUUGCUCUAGAUGGGUUUGGUAUGGGUGUUGAAAAAAAACAAGAUAAUGAAGAUGAUGAUCAAGAAUCUGAAAAUGAAUCUGAAGAUGAAGAUGAAUCUGAACCUGAACCAAAAGUACAAGAAUUAAAAGAUGAUGGUGCUGAAUCCUCUCCAGAAGAUGAAGAAGAUUCACCUGAAGAUAUGGCAAAAUUUUAUGCACCAACUGAAGAAGCUGAUCAAGCUAAAAAGCAAAUUCAUAAAACUUUCCAAUCUUUAGAUUUAUCAAGACCUAUCUUAAAAGGUCUUUCCACUUUAGGUUAUCAAACACCAUCACCAAUUCAAAGUGCCACUAUCCCAAUUGCAUUAUUAGGUAAAGAUAUUAUUGCAGGUGCUGUUACAGGUUCUGGUAAAACUGCUGCAUAUAUGAUUCCUGUUAUUGAAAGAUUAUUAUAUAAACCUGCUAAAUUAGCCUCUACAAGAGUUAUUGUCCUUACUCCAACAAGAGAAUUAGCUAUUCAAGUUAAUGAUGUUGGUAAAAAAAUUGGUAAAUUUGUUAAUGGAUUAAGUUUUGGUUUAGCUGUUGGUGGGUUAAAUUUAAGACAACAAGAACAAGAAUUAAAACAAAGACCUGAUAUUGUUAUUGCAACCCCGGGGAGAAUAAUUGAUCAUUUAAGAAACUCUCCAAGUUUUAAUGUUGAUGGUGUGGAAAUCUUAAUUGUUGAUGAAGCUGAUAGAAUGUUAGAAGAAGGGUUCCAAAAAGAAUUAACUGAAAUCUUGGAUAUUUUACCAACAAAAAGACAAACAUUAUUAUUUUCUGCUACAAUGAAUUCUAAAAUUAAAUCAUUAAUUCAAUUAUCAUUGAAAAAACCUGUUAGAAUUAUGAUUGAUCCUCCAAAACAAGCUGCCACAGGGCUUGUACAAGAAUUUGUUAGAAUUAGAAAAAGAGAUCAUUUAAAACCAAGUAUAUUAUUUAAUAUUUUGAAAAAAUUUACUAAAGAUCAAAGAAUUGUUAUUUUUGUUGCUAGAAAAGAACAAGCACAUAAAUUAAGAAUUAUAUUAGGUUUAUUAGGUUUAAAAGUUUCAGAAUUACAUGGUUCAUUAACUCAAGAACAACGUCUACAAUCUAUAAAUAAUUUUAAAACUUUAACAGUACCAAUUUUAAUUUGUACAGAUUUAGCUUCAAGAGGUUUAGAUAUUCCAAAAAUUGAAGUUGUUUUAAAUUUUGAUAUGCCAAAAAAUUUUGAAGUUUAUUUACAUAGAGUUGGUCGUACUGCAAGAGGUGGUCGUGAAGGUAAAUCCAUAUCAUUUGUUGGAGAAUCAAGUAUGGAUAGAUCUAUAGUUAAAGAUGCUAUUAAAAGUUCACAAAAUAUGAAUUCAAAAGUUAAUAAGACUGUUGGUCGUGAAGUUAAUUGGAAAGAAGUUGAAGAAAUUAAUAAAAUUAUUGAAUCAAAAAAUGAAAUAUUAGAAGAAAUCUUAGUUGAAGAAAAAACUGAAAAGGAAAUGAUUCAAGCUGAAAUGGAAUUACGUAAAGGUGAAAAUUUAUUAAGAUAUAAAGAAGAAAUUCAAUCAAGACCAAGAAGAACUUGGUUUGAAAAAGAAAGUGAAAAAGGUGUUGAUAAAAACAUAAAAUUGAGUAAAGAAAAACCAAAAUUAAAUGCUAAAAAGAGAAAACAACAAGAAGCAAGAGAUGAAUUAAGUGGUGAAAGAAGUUAUAAAAAGACAAAAAAUGAUAGAAUGUCUGAUCAAAAACGUCAAAAUAAAAAAUCAAAUAAAAAGGGUAAAAAGAAAUAG